UGUCAUUGUUUGUUGAUAGUUUUCCUAGCUAAUUGAAAUAAUUACAAGUGCUCCCCCAAUGUUACUCAUAUAAACCCUAAAGCAGUCUCCCGAUUGAGCCCCAAAAUGAGCGGCUUCAAUUACUCCAACUUCAACGCGAAGAAAACGAACGAGAACGCGGCGAAGCGAAUGAACGCGGUGCCGCCCCCGAGCAACUUGGGCAACAGCUCGGGCCCCCGGAGACUUAACGCGGUGCCGCCCCCCGGCAACUUGGGGAGCCAAGCCGGGGGCCGCAACACCGUCGUGCCGCCCCCCACUAGCGGUUUGAGUAAACAGGGCUACUCGACCAUGACCGCCAUCAGUCAGAAUGCCAUCACUGCUUCAUGGGGCACCGGGAGCCGCAAAAGAGCCGUCACCGAGGACGAAUAUUUUGAUGUCGAUGACGAGGAACAGGUGCCUGAACUGGCUUAUAUUCCCGCUCCAGAUAGUCCUACAAGGCUUGAGAUGGAAGGUAAGAAUAAGGCCCUUGUUGACAAUGAUGAUGAGGAGGACGAUCCCUUAGAUGCUUUUAUGGCCGGAAUUGAAGCUCAAGUGAAAAAACAAAGCCAACCACAAGAUUAUGUGAUGAAACUUGAGCCCGAAAAGCUGGGCAAAGAGCAAAAUGUCAGAAACGAUUUAGAAGAAGAGGACAACGAGGAGUCCUACUACAGAUAUAUGGAGGAAAACCCUAACGCAGGGCUAUUACCCACUGAGGAAGACGGAAUCGAAAUAGAAUAUGAUGAGGAUGGUAACCCGAUUGCUCCGGACAAGAAGAGAAUCAUAGAUCCUCUACCACCGAUAGACCACUCUGAAAUUGAGUAUCAACCCUUCCAGAAGAACUUUUACAUUGAACAUCCCGAGAUUAAAAUGCUGCCAAAUGACAAGGUCGACGAGCUUCGUAACACUUACGACCUAAAAGUCUCUGGCGGUGGAGCCCCAAAACCGGUAGCCUCCUUUGCCCAUCUGGGUUUCGAUGAUAAAUUAUUAAAAGCAAUUAUCAAAGCGGAAUAUACUUCACCCACACCCAUACAGGCUCAAGCUGUACCGGCUGCCAUGAUGGGCAGGGAUGUCUUGGGGAUCGCACAGACCGGAAGUGGUAAAACAGCGGCAUUUCUUUGGCCCCUAAUGAAACACGUGUCGGUACAACCGCCCGUAGAAGAGGGCCAGGGCCCCGUAGCCCUGAUUCUCGCCCCCACCAGGGAAUUGGCCCUGCAGAUAUACACGGAAGCGAAAAAGUUCGCGAAAAUUUACGAUUUGAGGGUGAUUUGUGCCUACGGUGGCGGCUCCAAGUGGGAACAAAGCAAGGCUUUAAAGGAAGGCGGGGAAAUAGUGGUGGCCACCCCGGGCCGUAUAAUCGAUCACGUGAAAGGGGGCGCCACCAACUUGCAGCGGGUGACGUUUUUGGUGCUGGACGAAGCGGAUCGGAUGUUCGAGUUGGGGUUCGAGCCCCAGGUGCGGUCGGUGUGUAACCACGUGCGGCCCGAUAGGCAAACUUUGCUGUUCUCCGCCACUUUUAAGAAGAGAAUCGAAAAGCUGGCCAAAGACGCUUUACAAGAACCAAUCCGGAUAUCCCAAGGCAUAACGGGGCAGGCCAACGAGGACGUGACCCAGCACGCGAUCCUUUUGCCCAACCAGGACUCGAAACGUGGAUGGCUCUUCGGGAAACUGGUCGAACUGUUGUCCGCCGGUUCGGUUUUGAUAUUCGUCACCAAGAAACUGGACGCCGAAAAGGUGGCCAAAGAUCUACUGAUCAAAGAGUACGAUUGUUUGUUGCUGCACGGCGACAUGGAGCAGGCGGAACGGAACAAGGUGAUCGUGACGUUCAAGAAGCAAGAAGUGCCGUUGCUGGUGGCCACCGAUGUCGCCGCCCGCGGUCUGGACAUUCCCCACGUCCGCACCGUCAUCAAUUACGACUUGGCCAGGGAUAUCGAUACGCACACGCAUCGGAUCGGUAGGACCGGCAGAGCAGGCACCCAAGGGACCGCUUACACGUUGCUCACCUACAAAGACAAAGAGUUCGCGGGGCACAUCGUCAAAAAUAUGGAGGCGGCCAACCAGGAGGUGCCCCAAGAGGUCCUGGACCUCGCCCUACAAAGUUCCUGGUACAAGAAACAAAGAUAUAAGAAAAAGAACGAGGGUUCGACGAACGUGGGCGGCAUAGGAUUGGGGUUCAAAGAGACCUCCUCGUCCUUCGGGCCCCUAAAGGGUUUCGUGGCCAGCUCCUCGGGGAACUUGAGUACGUCGGCACCGGCCGCCCCCAAGGGCCCCGCCACCGACCGAUUGUCCGCGAUGAAGGAGGCGUUUAAGGCGCAGUACCAGAACCAGUUUACCGCUAGCGCGGAUAACCCGCCGCCGGCGCCCACCAGGAAGAAGAAGAGCCGUUGGGAGUGAACCUUAAGUUGCAAACUCUUUUUUCCUUCCUGUAGAUAAAAACGUGUAAUUUUAGCGGUUUAUUGGUAUGGACGUUACCGAGUGAUAAAAUAUAAGCAUUUAAACGUA